GACAAAGCGGGUAAUUCCCUCCCUUCAAAAUAGCCUGCAUUGAUUUAUGGUAUUUCGAAAUGACAAUGCUAUGGAUCACAGCCAUUGUGCAACCUGGCUUGAUGCCGGUGUACAUGUGUGUACUAAAUGUCAUAUCUUUCAUUGUCUCGUGGUAAAACCUGAUUCGUCUAUUGCAUUGAUUGCCGUUCUGUGAAUUCCUGCUUAUCCUUUCAAUAAUUGUGGCACAUACCUGGAUGUUUCUGUAACCGAUUCACAAUCAUUGUUCAAGAUGCCGUGCGAAGGCAGCAGAGAGACUCAGGGGGAUAUAGAGAAGCAAGGCUUAGAUAGUUUUGACAGCCUCUAUGCCACCCUAUUUGGGUCAGGACCGUCGGGUGACAGACCGAAUUUCAGCGCAAAUCCAGCCACAAGACCCUCUGCAAAUGAAUCUCUGUAUCCGUCAUCGCCAUAUCAACAGCAUCAGAUGCCUACAAGCCCCCAGAUGCACUCCGGUGGCCUUGGCCAAACUCCAAAUGGACUGUCUUAUCCAACCCAUUCCACAGACGAAUGGCAUCCUUCUGGACCCCCAGCAGCCCCACCUCAACACCUGAAGGAGCCUUACUCUAUUGGACCCUUUGAUAGUAUCUGGUCGAUGAAGUCCAGCGAGAUGGCGGGUGCAAGUGCAGGAGUCCAGAACCACCAGAAGAAAGCAGGUGACUGGUCUUCAGAGACCACAGCAACAGCUUCAGGGUAUCAUGAUACGCCGCACACUCCUAAAUCAACCACCAAUGGUUUACCCUUUGGAACGUAUGACCAGCAGGUGUAUGGACAUGAUGAUGUUGGUUUCCAUGGUGAUGUAAGCAGCGUUACAACACCUGGUGGCGCCUGGUCACCCUGUGACGGUGUGAACGACGCCAACGUCUCAGGAUUACCAGACUGGAAUUGGAAUCAGGGGGAGUAUUCCUCAGUGCAAGCUGAAAACUGGCAGCCCACCAGCGGACCGGAGAUGGUUGGGAAUAUGGCCAAUCCUGCAGUUAAUGAGUGGGAACUUCAGGAAGACGAAUUAGCUAGGAAAAAUGAAGAAGAGGACAUGAAAGGCAGGCAAGAGCGAAGAGAGUGGGCGAAGAAAGGGCUCAACUACACUGAGUUUGUUCCAGCUGGAAGUGCUCAUAAACAGAAGUCACAUGCCAAUUCUCAAAAAGCAGCCUCACUGAAUGGGAAAGUAGUUGCAACGUUCCUUCAGAAGUAUCGCGACAAAGAUCCUGAACCUCUGACCCCUGAGAGCAGCAUAGAUUCAAAUCUACACAUACAGGUAGGGACAGGUAGAGAGUUUCCAUCACAGAUGAUUGAAGAACUCGGUCCAGUAUGUGGAGAGAGUGUGUCCAGUCACCAUAUAGGGAAUAUUGCAGUCAAUGUCCCGGCAACGGAUAGAGAGUGCCAUGUACCAGCAAAGACUGUCUUACAAGAACCUGGAAGAUGUGACUCCACAGGAGAUUACCAAGAAACAGCAUCUAACGUAGACUCAUCAGAUCUGAGGGAUCGGAUGGGAGGUAGAGAAGUAAGAUCUCUCUCGGAUCCAGUGACUGUACAGGAGGCACAGCAGAGCAACGGUGUUAAAAUUGGAACAACAACACGGAAGACACUGAGCAAUGGCAAGAUCCGACCGGGUAAGAGGAAACCCAAGUUGCCUCGGGACAAACGCAGGAGCAUGGCUCCAGCUGAUAAAUCUGAAACUGAAUCUUGUGGAAAACAGACAGUCCAGGUUAAAACCAAAGAGCAACCGGAGGGUAUAGACAAAAAUGUUCACCUGGUCACCAACAGAACAGGUUUAAUGCCUAAACUAUCUUCCAAAUCUCUGAACAGCACUUCGUCUGAACAUAUUGUGCAAUCAUCCAAACCUACAAAGUCAUCACAGAGUAAAUCAUGUAUACCAGACAAUGCAGGUGCAAACUCUCUCCUUGCUUCCAAAGCACAUGCAGUGAAUUCCAAAACCUCAUGUCAACAAGUGCCACCAAUGGACCAGGUAUCAGUAAAUCAUGCUUCUUGCCUUGAAAGCAGUAUAUGUGACGAGUGUGAUAGUAAAUCUACUCUCUCUGAAAAAGUUUUCCAAUCUGCACCAGUCAAAGAAAACCUUGGAAUAAAGGAUGAUAUGUCAUUGGGUGUUUCAUACUGUGGUAAACCUAAAGAAGUCUCAGAAAAACCCUGUGUGUCAUCUAAGAAUGUCCAGGAGCAGAGUGCCCAAGCGGCUCCUCUUGAUAAGCGUAUAGCAUCACAGAAUGACAGCUCAGACUGUUCCAGACAUGUGACAGAUCAUGUCAUUGAUACAUCACAAAAUAACAGAAAGGAGGAUUUUAUUAAGGGUAUGAGGUCAACCCCUGUGCAGAAUCAAACACCAAGUUGUGAAUCAGAUGGUAAUAGCUCUAUAGAGAAAUUGAAACUAACUGAUGAAUUGAAAUUAGGCAAUAGCAACAAAGUUCCAACAACCACAGGAAGCUCAAAACACACCAGUCCUAAAUCUACAUCAACGCUGAUACAGGGUCAAGAGAAGACAAGUACCAGAGAUAACAAUCUGUUCUUUGACCCCAAAAGGAUAUUUGGAGGUCAAAAACCUGUCAAAACAGCCGAGCAGAAACAGAAGAAGGAAGCAGAAAAGUCAACAAACUCAUUAUCAGCAGCGAGAAUCCUUAAAAACAGCCGUUCAAAUGUUUCUUUGGAUUACCAUGUCAAGGGAAAGGAUCCUGCCCAGGCAGCAGAGUCAGAACAGUGUAGUGAGCUGCCUGAUUGUCCAACUGUACAGCAACCAGCCAACCUGACCAAAUCUGUGAGAAGCAGUAAGAAUGAAGGAAUGGCAAAUGGAACAGUCCCAAGCAAAGAUCUACCUCUGCACCCUGCCCAAACUGUGCCUUCAUCCAGUGCAAAGGAUGCAUUAGCUAGCAAAACCUCUGCCAUGAAAGCAGAGCCUACGUCUUCUCAGCAUCACAGAGAACCAAUCAAGCAGCCUGCUUCACCAACGGAUCCCCGACCUUCCAGGAUGUACAGCUAUAAGAAGGAUGAUGACACCGGUGUCUUGAGAAGGUCAUCGGAUCCAAAAGUGGAGGAAGCAACAACACACCAAUCCCAGAGGCGGGACUCCAGUGGGACUCCCCAGAGGCAAGACUCCAGUGGGACUCCCCAGAGGCGGGACUCCAGUGGGACUACCCAGAGGCGAGACUCCAGUGGGACAACCCAGAGGCGGGACUCCAGUGGGACUACCCAGAGGCGGGACUCCAGUGGGACUACCCAGAGGCGGGACUCGAGUGGGACUCAGAGUUCUUCUGAUGAAGGAAGAGGAGAGAGGAGAUGCAGUGGUGAAUCUCAUAUGGAUGGUUUCCACCAUCCUUUUGGUUGUUCAGCACAUUGUUACAGAAAGUCGUCUACUCCUAGUAGUUCUCGAUCAAGCUCAAACAGCAGAUCAGCUCCUUCUGGUGUCAACCAGAGCACAGGAUCUGCAUCAUCAGAGGAGAAAACAUUUUCUCAAACUAAACAACCAAAUGUUUCUGAUCAGUGUGGAAAUAACCCUUCGGAAAAGGUCUUUGAUGCAAGUGCCUUUGCAGAAUUGAGAGAGGGUCUCAAGAACUCCUGGUUGUCGAAAGAGAAAGAAAAGCAAAGGGAGGAGCAGAAGAAACAGCAGGAGAGAGCCCAGGCAGAACACCUAGAGAAAGAGCAGCAGCGGAAAAUGCAUGAACAAAGAAGACAACAGGAGCUGCAGGAACAGAGGAGGCAGCAGGAGAAGCUAGCGCAAAGGGUACAGCAAGAAAAGCAGGAGCAGAAAAAACAGCAGGGGAAACCCCAAUCAAGUGCCUCACAUGCCAAGCGUCCAACCAGAGCAACCUACAGUAAGCCCAAGUCUGCAGAGCAGGAGUCCAAGGCCAAGAGACCAGGACCAGCUAAAGACAGACCAAUGCCAGGGACCAGCGCCCAACAACCAAGAAGGCCAGGGACCCAACAACCCAGAAGGCCAUGGCCUAGCCAACCUGAAGAUAGACCUCGGACACCUUCCCAGGAGGACAGCGCUGAAGAUAGCGACUUGGAGGAAGACCUAGCGAGGGGAAUCACUGAUGAAUGGUGGUUUCAUCUUGGCAAGAAGCUGUGCAAUGGAGUUGCAUGGUUAAUCCUCUUCACUAUUCUCCUCUGUCUUGUCAUACUCUCAUUCGUGUUGGCCUUCGCAAGGGACACCUGCAAGUUUGCCUACCGCCGUGGAUGGGAAUUGUGGGCGUGGUACAGGGAGAAAUCCCCUAGAGACGAUGACGACGGGUUCUUCAGCUCUCAUCGAAGCCACCAGAGAGAGUCUGGUGAUGGGGGCUGGGGUAGCAGUGGGCAGCAGGGGCAAGGAGCCAGGACAAAGAAACCCAGGAAGAAACAGACCCAGAAUAUUGACCUUCCGAGCACUGAGCAUGCAGCCAUUCAUCGCAUCCUUGCCUGUGAUCCUGGUAGUUAUUACGAGGUGGUAGGAGUGGCCGAGGAUGCCCCGGAGGAUGACAUCAAGAAGUUCUACCGCAAGCAAUGCAUGCUCGUCCAUCCUGAUAAGACUGAUCAACCUCAAGCCAAUGAGGCCUUCCAGAUUCUACAGAAAGCCUAUGCAAUACUAAGUGACACGACUAAAAGAACUGAAUAUGACUUUGAGCUUGACUACAAGGAAGAUCUACAAGACAAGGUCAACGAUUUAUUCAAGAAAAUGGCAGAGGCGGCCGAUGCAAUGCCCUGUGGAGUAUGUAGGAGAUCCCACAAGCGCUAUGAGACUGAUCUACCCAUCUCUGCUGCUAGAUUCUGUGCAACUCAUAACACCAGGCACCCAGUCAGUAAUGGGGCUCUAUGGAAGGAGACGCGGCACCUUGGUUUCAAGAUCUUUGUGUACCUCUGUGAUGAACGAACGGUGUACGACGUGACAGAAUGGGCUGCCUGUCAGAACCUUGAUUGGUUAGAGGCUAACUCGUGUCGUCUGCUGUGUAAGGUCAAGAGAGGUGGUCGAGGCAGUCAACAACAGAGGCAGCAACACUCAGCAGGGUACGAAGAGAUGUUUGACAAUAUAUUCGGAUCCGGGGCUUUCCAUCAGUUCCAGAGCUCGGCCAACGAACAAAGUCACCAUCGGAACAGUCACCAUGGCAAUGGAGGAGGAGGAGGGGGAGGUCACGGCCAUGGCCAGCAGGGAGGAGGAAGCCGCAACAAGGGGGUCAAAAAGUCACGCAAGAAGAAGAAGUAGACUAGGUAGUAGUCCGUGUAGUUGAUAAGGUCACUCACUGUGCAUGUGGUCACAAUGUAACCUUAACAUUUAUUUUUUAAAUGGAGCUUUCAGAGAUAGCAUAGGAACGUCAUUUGGUGAAAUGUAUUUUUCCUUCUAUCAUGGUGAGGCUAGGUGUUAUGCCUUUGUAGUAAAAAACAUCGUGUCGACUGAUUCGAUAGACAUUGUACGGACUUUCUUGGAAAGCAGGGUUAAGUCACAUUCUGUAUCUCAUGUAUACAUAAAUAUAGAAUUUUACCUUUUGGUAAAUUGACAUACUUUUCCA